AUGGCAAUGGCACACACUUCCCAUUUUGACACAGACCACCAUUUGAGCCGUAGCAGCAGUGAUAUGUCAUUAUCUGGAGAGAUUGGUGCCCACAGGGACUCUUCAGUUUCAGAUUGCUUGUCAGAGGUAGAUUUGGAGAGUGGCGUUCUGGAGGGGAAGCUGAAUUUGGAUGAUAAAACUGAUAGAGAUUGCAGAAUUUGCCAUUUGGGUUUCGAGAGUAAUGUGCUAGAGAAUGGGGCAGCAAUUGAGCUGGGGUGUUCCUGUAAGGGAGAUUUGGGCGCAGCUCAUAAGAAGUGUGCAGAGACUUGGUUCAAGAUCAAGGGUAACAUGAUAUGCGAGAUAUGUGGUUUCACUGCAGUCAAUCUUGCUGGUGAACAAGCAAAUGCAGGACAGAGUAUUUCAGCUGCUGUCUCAUUAGCACCAACAGCACCUCUGAUGCUGGUGGAAACUCGAACAUUCUGGCAUAGCCGACGCAUUAUGAAUUUCUUGCUUGGCUGCAUGGUCUUUGCAUUUGUCAUUUCUUGGCUCUUCCACUUUAAAGUCCUUUAA